AUGUGUAGUACUCACACAGUAUUUCCAGAAGUUUGGGCAGGAGAUCACGAACGUCGUUUGUAUGCAAAAUUGGCCGAUGGCUACAACAAACUCGCUCGUCCAGUGAAAAACGAUAGUGAACCAGUGCUCGUACUACUCGGACUCGAUUUCCAACAAAUACUUGAUGUGGAUGAAAAAACAUCAAAUCAAGCCACUCAAUGUUGUUGGGUUACGUAUGUGUUCACAACUGUUGGAAAUCUCAAAGGAGAAUCUCGUUUGGAAUGUGACCAGAAGAAUAAAAUAAGAAUAAAGUAUUGA